AUGGAAAGGUUUGGCGGCGAGAUCGAGUGCUUUCAGAGUCCCUCAGGCCCUAUCGCGUACGACGCGUUUCGGUGUCGAUUUCCUGGGUGCAAUGCCAGAUACCAGCGCAAGGAGCAUCUGAACCGCCACGAAAGAUCGAAACACAUCGAGCAACAGGCUCUUGUCUGUUCCCGCUGUGGUGGUGAAUUUCGACGAAGUGAUACCCUUCGACGUCAUAUUCAGAGGCAGCACAAGAUAAGAGAACCUCCAAAGCGCGCGUCUAAAGCUUGUGUAAGACUCGGUGCGAAGGGGGCGUACCAUGCGAGGAGUGUGUUCGUCGCAACGUUCAAUGUUCUUUCCAGGGCCACUCUAGUAUUGAAGCCGAGCAACAAAUUCGAUCAUCGACAACAUCUCCGUUACCCCCAAACCCUGAAAAGUCAGAUUUAUAUUGUUGGGAAAAGAGAAAAAAGUGGAUUGAUCAUUAUUUUGAGAUAUUCCAUCCGCGUUGGCCUUUCGUCCACAGAGGAUCGUUCGAUAUACGCCAAGAACCUCCAUUACUUCUACAAUCAAUGA